AUGAAUCGCAUCUUUGGGAGCGGCAAGGGCAAAGCGAAGCCUUCGUUGAACGAUGCCAUCGCUUCGACUGAUGUCAGGAUCGACGGCUUCGAGGUCAAGAUCAGGAAACUCGACGCAGAGUUGACAAAGUACCGUGACCAGAUGAAGCGGCUCAAGGAGGGUCCGGGGAAGAAUGCGGUCAAGCAGCGAGCCAUGCGAGUGCUCCAGCAGAAGAAGAUGUACGAGGCACAGCUCGGACAGCUCCAGCAGCAGACUUUCAACAUGGAGCAAGCCAGUAUGACGACAGAGAACUUGCGCAACACGAUGGCAACCGUGGACGCCAUGAAGACUGCCAACAAGGAGAUGAAGCGUCAGUAUGGCAAGCUCGACAUCGACAAGAUAGAGUCGAUCCACUAUGACAUGGAGGAUCUCAUCGAGCAAGCCAAUGAGAUACAAGAGUCCCUCAGCAGGACCUACGAACUGGAAGCGCUCGGAGACGACCUGCUCGAAGAAGAGUCGAGCAUACCUUCUUACCUGCGCAAUGAUACGGCCGAGCUUCCCGACUUUGUGGACGAACCACCCGUGACGGAGUCUGCGCAGAAGGAGCGCCCGGACCUCGUCAAGGCGGUCUGA